AUGAUGGAGACUGGGGCAGCGAAGCUCCUGUAUGCGAUGAGUCCUUGGAGCUCAAAGCUGGGGCGUGCACCUGUGGUUGCUGAGCCCUGUGUAGGCAUCUCUGCUUAUCGAGAGUGGAUGCAGAAAGCAGGGCUUGUUUACAGGCCAUGCGCAGCCUACGAUUUCAACAUGGACUUGGUGCCGUUUUGGCGAGCGCUGCGAAACCAGGGUUUGCAGGGGACUUCGGAAGUCAAACUGGGUUUGCAAGAAGGGGACAUCGAGAGGAAUGUCGUGCUGUCAAAACUGUCAAGUGCGGAAGGCUUGAUAAGCGGGCCCCCUUGUCAGCCUUUUGCCUCCACAGGUUUAAGGCAGGGCGCCCAGGACGAAAAAGGCCGCACAGAUGUUUUUGAAUCAGUUGUAAGCAUGAUAUGUGAGGAAGGGUCGCGUGGCUGUCUUCUGUUUUUCAUUCUGGAAAACAGCUCACAUUUGGCUGAUGCCAACCAUGCUGAGUUUCUGAAUGAGAUGCUCUUGAGACUUGAAGUGUCACUGCCAUAUUUUUUGGUAGACACCGUGAAAAAGGAUGCUGCGGAGUUUCUGCCAGUCAAGAGAGGUCGUUUUUUCAUCAGAGGGCUAAGGAGAGACUGCCUGCCAGACCCCAUGCAGGCGUUCCUCCCUGCCCCCCUGUGCUGCACGGAUCUGCUCCCGGCAGUCACACUGGAAGAGAUUUUGGAUUUGAGCUUGGCUGCGACCGAUGUGCAGAGUUUGUGUGCAGGGCACGCUGCUAACCUCACAUUGUACAAGCAGACCAUAUCUCAGUGCAUCGAAGAGCAUCGUGCCCAAGGCAAGCCGCUGCCCUCGAACACGGUUGUUGUGGAGCUCGACCGAAACCCCUUGAGAACUUUCGGCGGGAAGUGGGGGUGGGGCAAGAUCCCAUCACUGAGGACUACGGGGCCACCUUUGUUUCUUCUGAGUUGCGAGGACUUGUCGAGGCCAUGGCAGGUCAUGCGACUGCACAGGUGGCUCAGCAUCGCUGAGCGGUACAGCGCUCUGGGGCAGCGUGCAAGCCACGCGGCCUUGUUCUCGAGAGACACCCAUGCCCUGCAUGCGAUCGGGAACGCUCUCUCGCCAGUGCAGCUGGCCGCUGUUGCCUCGCCGCUCGUGGAGGCAGCGGUCAACUCUGGCGUGCUCACUGCAGGCAACCGUUGCAAAGCCUGCGCAGUGGAGCUUCUGCCGCACACGAAGCCACCGGGUACAUCAGAGAUGCCUCAGAGCAUCAUGUGCAUCAGGUGUGAGGAAGAGACAAGCAUCUUGACGAGCUACCCAACUGGAAGGAACUGCUUGAGGCGGAUCUGCUCCUGCUGUUCGUCCACAGACCGGUGCCUCUCUCGGAUGGCUAAAGCACCGAAGAAGGGCUCUGCCGAAGAAGCCAAAGAAAGCGAGGAGGCCAAGAAAGCUCGAAAAAGCGCUGAGGCCCUGAGGGGAAGCGUGGCCAAGAUGGGUUCCUCGGAGCGUGCCCAGUGGUACCGCCAAGAGAAACGGAAGCGGGCAACCGAGUCAAAGAAAAGCCGCAGGACCUUCGCAACGGCAGUGGGGGCCUUGGAAGAGACUCGCCGGACUGGGAACGAAGAUUGCAGCGGCUCACGAUACAUGACCCCCCGCGACUGGUGCGCACGGGAAAUGAUCCUGAAGCAGUACAGUACCUUGGAGGAUGCUAUGGUAGCCUACGAGCAGCGCUGCACAGAUCCGGACGUUGUGACCAAGGAGAUCAACGGGGAACUCUGCCUCCGGGUCAACAACGGAGGUCUGGAAAAUGUCGUGGACCGCCAUACCGUUGCAGCAUCCGUGCGGCAGCGGACUGACCUUGCGAUGGCGAGCAGCUUGAUGGUUUCGAAGAGGAAAUCGGGCAAGCAGGCCUACGUUCCGGCCGUCGCGGUGCGACGAGAUUUGGAGCAAGAGAAGGAAGUUGCUGAGAACAGAGCUGCUGAAUUUCAGCAGCAAGCCUUGGCACUCAAGGAGAAAGCUGAUCAAAAGAGGAAAGAGUUGAAGGAGAAGCAAGCAACCCAGCUUCCCUCCUUGGCAGUGGCAAAGCUCAGCCUCACCAACGCUAUCCACAAGGCAAAUGCUUCGAUGUCCGAGCUGUUGAAGCGUCAGAAGGCCACAGCAGACACCUUGUGCAAGGACUUGACGAAUGCUUUGUGCAUGUCAGACGUCCCCGUGAAGAGAGAAGCCGAGGAAAAGACGAAAGUGCUGAAUGGCAAGAUCAAGGACCUGGAGACUGCCAUGGAGGAGUCCAUCGCAGAAUGGAACACCAAGGCUGGUGACGAAAGCCUUGACAUCGAAGCCAUGGUGUCAAUGGAGAAGGAUCUGGCAGCCUACAUGAAGGAGUGGCACCUUGGCAAGCACUGCCAGGCAGUGUUGGACACGAAGCAGCAGAUUAAAAACUUCCGCGAAUUCACCUCAGACUGCAAGAAGGAGGUGAAGAAGCGGGACAAGCUGGCCGCGAAGGCGACAGUGAGGGGUUCGAACAAGAAGGCCAAGCUUGAUCAUCCGAACAGCCAGGAGAACCCGCUUCCCGAUGAAAUCAUCAACUGCGCAACGGAGCCAGAGGAUGAGAUGACAGUGCCCCUUCUGCUCCCACCAACGCCGAUGGAAGGCUUUACCCGGGAUGUGACCCGGCACGAGUAUUACAGCGAGCAAAAGAAGUGGGUGGAGCAGAUGCUGCUGAGGAGCAGCCAGAAGUAUUCGUGUGCGGUGGUCACCAGAGACAAUGUGGCCAGGCCCUUCUUGCAGCAGCUGGACCAGAUCCUGCCGGUGCCACUGCGUUCCGUGGCACGACCCUCGAGCAAGGAGCUGCAAGAGAUCUGGCAGUUGUACUUUUACCAGAUGGCCGGGGACUCCGGCCGCCUCUCGAUGUCCACUGACUGGGGCUUGCCCGAAUUGCGCAUCUGCUGCGAAGGCAAGGAGAUCUACUUGGGGUUCCCCGUGAAGCUAGCCGGCAACACGACGGCCGAGAUGCUGCAGCACCUGGAGCGGAUGCGUGCAGAAGAGUUCCUCACGGCAGUUGAGCGGGAUGGCUGGUGUGUGACAUGCCGCCCUGGGAGGGGAGUCGUGCUGCCCACGAAUUGUUUGUUCUGGAGUCCAAAAGAACCGGCCAGCUGCUGA